CGGUGGCGACCUAGCUGGCCGCAAGGAUUUGAAACCGUUUGGCGGCGUUGGCGUCGGGGGCGUCGGGGGCGUCGGCGGCAGAGCGGAAGGCUUGCGUAUUGGAAAUGGGAAGUGAAGAAGAAAAAUGGGAAAAGCUGGAUGCAGAAUUUGAUCACUUUGUGGUAGAUAUGAAGCCCUUUGUUCUAAAAUUACCCCAUAGGUCAGAACGGCAGAGGUGUGCUCUUUGGAUUAGAAAGCUGUGUGAGCCUUCAGGAACAGGUACAGGAAUAAUGGGCAGGAACAAUCGGAACCUGUAUGCGAAAUUGUUACUGCAUAUGCUUAAGCGGGGAGUACUUGAAGGCCCUUUUACACAUCGUCCUGAACCAGGGACACUGAAGAUGUUACCUUCAUACAUGUCCAUCUACUUUGAUGAGCCAAAUCCAGCAUGUAAAAAAGGUUCAAGUCCAGAGAGAUUACCUGACUGGGUAAUGGGUGAGCUGGGGACAAGUGAACACAAAUUAAGUGAAUCAUGGAAACCUUCUCCUGGAGAAGAUAAUACUUUGGUGCUGUCGCCAACUGAUGCCCACAGUAUAGAACAGUACACUGGGAAGCUGCAGACGAGAUCUCACUGUAUGAGUCCAACUUGCAAGGAAGAUGGACAAAGUAUUAUUCCAAAGAAUUGUGAAAUUCAUUCGAAAAAAUCUCCUGUUUCUUUGGAUGACAGUGACAUUGAAGCUCGCCUUAAUAGUUGGAAUCUUGGGAUAGAAAAUCCCCGGUACCUAAGACAGAAGCCUAUCCCAGUUUCUCUGAUGACUCCCAAAUUCAACUUGAGAAAAUCCAGCAGUCUUCAUGAUGAUCAUUUUCUCUCUCGUAUGCAUGAGAAAGAGUUGGACAUGAAAAUAAAAAUGAUGGAAGCAAAAUUUCAUGAAGAAAAACUUAAGCUGCAACAGAAACAUGAUGCAGAUGUUCAGAAGAUUUUAGAAAGAAAAAAUAACGAAAUAGAAGAACUGAAAACUUUAUACAAGAAGAAACAAAAUGAAACAGAGGAGAUUAUAAGAAAGCUUGAAAAGAAAGUUCAGACCCUUGUACGUGACUGUCAAAUUAUCAGAGAGACUAAAGAAAACCAGAUUGCAGAGCUAAAAAAGAUAUGUGAACAAAGUACAGAAUCUCUGAAUAAUGAUUGGGAAAAGAAGCUCCACAAUGCUGUAGCAGAAAUGGAAAAAGAAAAAUUUGAGCUUCAAAAGAGACACACUGAAAAUAUUCAAGAAUUACUUGAGGAUACAAAUGUACGACUAAAUAAAAUGGAGGGUGAAUACAUGGCACAAACACAGUCCACAAACCAGAUGGUCAAAGAACUGGAGGCCCGUGUCCACCAGCUUACUGGAGAAGCAGAGAACAGUAAUUUACAGAGGCAGAAAUUAAUUCAAGAAAAAUCAGAGCUUGAAAGAUGUUACCAGAUAACAUGUAGUGAAUUACAAGAAGUGAAAGCAAGGCGGAACAUAUUGCAUAAAGAGAAAGAUCAUCUUAUAAAUGAUUAUGAGCAAAAGAUGGAACUAUUACAAACCAAAUAUGAUGCUGAUGUAAACCUUCUGAAACAAGAAAAUGCUCUUUCAACUUCUAAGGCGUCUGGUAUGAUUGAAGAAUUAGAACAGAACAUCUGUCAAUUAAAACAGCAGUUACAGGAAUCAGAACUUCAAAGAAAGCAGCUAUUGAAGGAUCAAGAAAAUAAUUUUCAAAUGGAGAAAAAUCACUUAAAAUGUACCUAUGAGAAAAAGGUUCAUGAUGUACAGUGUGAACUUGAUAAAGAAAAAGAAGAUGCUCAAAAGAAAUUUCAUAAACUUGAGGAAACUUUGAAGGAAAAAGAGGAGCAGCUCACUCGUGUGACUGAAGUUCAGAGGUUGCAGGCCCAGCAGGCAGAUGCUGCUCUGGAAGAGUUUAAGCUCCAGGUGGAACUGAACUCAGAAAAGGUCUAUGCUGAAAUGAAAGAGCAGAUGGAAAAAGUGGAAGCAGAUCUAACAAGAUCCAAAUCCCUUCGUGAGAAACAGUCAAAGGAGUUCAUAUGGCAGCUAGAGGAUGUGAAACAACGAUAUGAACAGCAGAUAGUAGAGCUGAAGCUGGAGCAUGAACAGGAGAAGACGCACCUAUUACAGCAGCAUAACGCAGAGAAGGAUAGCCUAGUCCGAGACCAUGAACGGGAAAUUGAAAACCUGGGGAAACAGCUUCGCGCUGCCAAUAUGGAGCACGAAAAUCAAAUUCAAGAGUUCAAGAAACGAGAUGCACAGGUUAUUGCUGACAUGGAGAUACAGGUUCACAAGUUGAAGGAGGAGCUCAUUAAUGUGAACUCCCAGAGGAAAGAGCAGCUGGUAGAGCUUGGUCUCCUUCGAGAAGAAGAAAAGCAAAGGGCUGCAAGGGACCAUGAGGCUGCUGUCAACAAACUGAAGACUGAUUCAGAAAAGAUGAAAAGAGAGCUGAAAAAGAUGCACGCUGCUGAAACAGAGAUGACUCUGCAAAAGGCCAACAGCAGGCUGAAGCAGAUUGAGAAGGAAUAUACCCAGAAGCUUGCCAAAUCUUCACAGGAAAGCGUAAAUGGUUUGUCUAAAUGAAGAGUCGUACAUGUUUAUAUAAGAGAUGAUGAUUAUGGCUUGAUUGCCAUUAUUCCAACCCUUGAGGAAUAAACAUGGAGAAAUGGAAACAUGGAGACUCAUAUUCAAAAGAAAUCUUAUUGCUCCAACAAUUAAAGUUUAAACUACAAGAUCCAGCUGCACACACCUAUAUCCUUGCUUAUUUUGCUUUAUGUUCAAUGGGAGAGUCAAACUGAGAGCAAGAUAUAAUAAGAUAGCUAAUAAAAAUGCUUGAAUAAUGAGGGUGUAAAUGAGAGCAUUUAAGUUUAUCUGAAGGAAUGCAUGAAGAAGCCUGAUGAGGUGACAUUAAAGCAAAUUAAAUGUAAGUACAGAGGAAUAAGCUUUGGAGUCCACGGACCUGACCUUGAAUUGGUAUUCACUUGUAUGACUUUGAGCCGCCUUACCUGCCCUCUUUGGAAUUCAAUUUCUUCAUUUUUCAAAUUAGAAAGCAGUACAUACCUUCUAAGAUAGUUUUAACUAUUAAGUAAAACAGUGCCAAAGACAUGUUUAGUACAGUGCCUUGGAUGUACUAAAGCAUUUAGUAACUGUUAGCAAUUUUAGUAGCAGUACAAAAGUUGCAAAAGAGAUAGGAAGGAAGGAGGGAAGAAUUUUAAAAGGUUUGGAAGAAAGCAGAAAUUAUUUCCUCAGACACUAUGUUUUGGGGUGUUGAAGAACUAAUAAAACCUCCCUGCAAAAUUUGAAGAUGCAUGGGGUUGCUAAUUAUUUUCCCAGAUAAAGACAUGAAGGAGGAGAAGGAGGUAUAAAAAUCAGUUACAACUAUCAUACAC